AGGUCAUUUUGUUAUUUGUGUCUGGCCUAAGCUCCGCAAUAUGUUGUGUGUGCUCCGUGAGUUUUUCACACACAAUUCUCAAGCUAACGGAGCUCGUACAUACUCGAUUCGAGCUGGGCCUACUCGUAGCCUGAGCUCCUCCUCCUGCUCGCUCGCGCUCGACCGUGUGCUGCAGCGAUUAAAGAGUUCUUGAUUCUCUACUCAUUCAUUCAUUCGCGAAGCCUACCUCCUGAGUCAGAAUUGUGUUUCCUAUUGCAUGUCGGCAAUUAAUUAAUUCGGAGAAGAAGAGUGUUUCCUUAGAAAGUGCCUGUAUCAUCAUAAUUCAACAGGUAAGAAAUUAUCUAUGUAGUUGUCAGUCAAGUAUUAAGGCUUCCAAGGCAUUGCUAGAAGAUUGAGAUACCAGACAAACUGCAGACAUCUAUCACCAUGGCAACGAUGGAAGGCCUUCUGCCUGGACCAUCAUCAUCAUCUUCAUCUUCAUCAUCUCUAGGAGCUAAACGCAAGCUGCCAGUUGAGUGGGAGCUGCGAGAUAGAACAGAGCCAGGAGCAUUAGAUUUUGAUAAAGACAUGAACAUCUUGUGUCAAGUAUGUGGAGAUAAAGCAUCAGGGUUCCACUAUGGAGUUCAUUCAUGCGAAGGAUGUAAGGGUUUCUUCCGCAGAACUGUACAACACAAUCUUACCUACAGACCUUGCCCAAAUGGAGGAAAGUGUGUGAUUCAACGUAAGAAUAGAAACCAAUGUCAGUCUUGUAGACUAAGGAAGUGCAUUCUCAUGGGCAUGUCCAAAAAUGCUGUACGUUUUGGAAGGAUGUCUAAACGAGAAAAGAUGAAACUGACUCAGGUGAUGAAGGAGAUUGCAAACAAGAGUGAUGAUAUCCCUAUCAGGGAUGAAAAACCUCUUGACCUGAGUCGACCUCCAAGUCAAGAAGCUAUAGUUGCUAGUGAGGAUGGGCCCCUAGCAAACAAUGAUUCUCAACAGUGUGCAAUAUCAGACAUUAAAGGCAGCUUGGAGGAUAUGAAAGAUGUGGGGAGGGAAUCCAGUAAUAGUAAUGACAGAGUACAGUGUAAACCUGACUGGUCAUCUUCAAAGACUGAUGGAGCCGAACUGAAACACAAUGGUAGAUGGGGUGAGUGCAAUGGGAGGAAUGGCUCUAGUGUUGGGAAGGGUAUUCAAGACAUUCAUAUUGAUGAGAAGAAGACAAGCAUUCAGGACUUGCUUCUUACCCAGUAUUGUAGUAGUCAAAUGAACGGUUAUAUUCCAAACAAUGGACUAAAUGGCUUGCAGAGUGGUGUCCAACGAAGCAUCAAGGUUGAGAGAGACAUUCAGAAUGAUUGCCAUGGUUACUCAGGACACCACCCUCAUCUUAAUGAAAGACUAUCAUCAGUUAUCAAGAAGGAAGAUCAAACUCCUACUUAUCAUGACUUUGAUAAAGGCAUCCAUCAUCACAUGGCAUCAGACAAGAAACAAUAUCUCCUACCCCGACGCAAACAGAUUGCACGCUUACAUCAUGAUGAAGAAGUCAGAAGGAACCAUCAGAAUUUCAGCAACAGUUAUGGCAAUCCAUAUUCGAAUCAUCACUUUCAUCAAGUACCUGAGAAGUUACAGAAUAUGAGUCUUGGAAGUAUCAAAUCCCCACCCAUGAAUGGACUGUAUGAGAAUGGUGUUCAACACAGCUUUGAAACCAGGUUAAACAGCACCAAGUCACACUUAGAACUGAAGAAUGGUUACAACCAUUCAAAGUUACAACACUCACUAGUCAAUCCACACCAGAAUGGAAGGAUACCCAACGGCUGCACCCCAGAUAACACAAGACUGUCCUACCACCCUGAGACCAAUCACAGAAAUAGAUUAAGAGCUCCUAGAGUACUUGGUGGAGGUCAUAAUCCUCAUAUGCUUCAUGUCCUUCAAGGAAUGGGUCUGGUGGAUUCCUUGAGCAAGGCAUAUUGUACAGAGAUUGAUGCUCAGUUCUCAAGUCUAGAGGAAAUACUUACAGUGGCAAUCAAGAAGCACCUACGAAGUGAACAACACACUGCAGCUGGUAACAAAGAGACUAUUGGUUCCAACGGUGUAUGCGGUAUACCCAUGGAGGUAACGGUUGGAGAUAAAGAAGAGGCUUUCUGUGAUCGAUUUGCUCCUAUCAUCAGUCGUAUUGUCAGCUUUGCCAAAGCUAUAGAAGGCUUUGAAGAGAUCCCACAUGAAGACCAGCUAACAUUAUUAAAAGCCGGCUGUUUUGAAGUUCUUCUCCUACAACUCAGUCAAAUCCUCGACCCAGACAGUGAGGCCAUCGUGUUCUCUAACGGAGAGAAGUUUCACAGAGGUCUCCUCCAAAAAUCAGAUGUUGGUGAUCUAGUUGUUGCAUUGUCCAAGAUUGCUUCACAAUUAAACCAACUAAACUUAUCUUUACCAGAGAGGGCGCUAUUGCAAGCAUCUGUAUUGGUUGCAUCAGAUCGGAAGGGUAUCCAGAAUGUUGAUGAGGUACGUAGCCUCCAGACACAUCUUCUAGGUGUCCUAGAGAAGUUCCUCUAUGCUACACAUGCUCCUGAUGCACUUGUGUUUCACAAGUGUCUUCAAGUAGUCCUGGACCUAAGGGUUCUCAACCACAAGUACUCAGAAAAGCUCCUGGCCCACCAAAAGGAUUAGCCUAGUCCACUUCCUAGCCUACCAGGCAGACUAAAUUAUCUUGUUCCAAAGCUACCAAAUAGAUUGAAGUAGUUCUGUGUUUGGUCCUCCAGAUACAACAUACUGGGAUCCUGGUCCUUGAUCUAUAAGAUGAACCUGGUCUUGUUCCCGAUCAUGUUGUAGAUUAGACUGACAUUGCUAUCUGCAGAUUUGUAUUGAUGAUGAUAUGUACUUUAAUCAAGAACCUUGUGAACUUAUUUUCAUCACAGUGGAACCUUUAUUCACCUUGUUUUAUGAUAUUACUAAUCUCUUGGGCCAAUAUUCAGGAAACCUCAAGAAGCUUAGAUGCCACCUAAAUGUAUUGGGGCUGAUUUAUAAUGGUUUCAUGAAUAAAGACCAGGAAAGGCAUUGAAUUUUAUUCAAUAUCCAUCAAAAUGAUGGAUUUGUAAUGAACUGUGUCCCCAUCAGUAAACCAUGUCAGGCAAGGUUUUCAGAUUAUUUGCAGAUGCUUUUUAUUGGAACACAUCCAGAGAACCCUAUUCACGUA